GACCCCUUCUCCCCCGAGCAAACUUCCCAUCUCGUCUCUCCUCUCCUCUCGCGGCGGGGUGGCGGCGGCGGCGGCAGAUCAGGCGGGAUGCGCCGGACGUGAGGUACCUACUUCAUCUCUCACCCUGAGCCUGCGCCAUCUCUCUCCUGGGACAGUGGGACGUACGGCGGCCGCUUGAGGGAGUGCGGGGACGGUGGACUGAGGGGGCGCGGCCGUCGGUGGGGUGACUUCGACGGCAAGCCGGGGCUAGUCUUGCGGCGGUACCGGCCGCGAGUUCCUUACUCCUACUGAUCACAUCGUGGUCGACUGGUCGCAGUGCGCCAGGGAUCAGUGCAUGUGCGAUGAGCCGAUGACAUCGAAUGAAUCCUCUAGCUUCCAGGGGUUCUACAGGAACCUCCACACCCCCGCGGUGCUCAUCGGGGCCGGGUUCGUGCUCGUCGCGCUGCUCAUCUCGCUCUGCCUCAUACUGCAGCACCUUAGGUCGUACAGAAACCCUUCGGAGCAGAAGUGGAUCAUAGCUGUCCUGUUUAUGGUGCCUGUAUACGCGUCUGAAUCUAUAAUAUCGCUGUGGCAUUCGGAAUUCUCCUUGGCCUGUGAUAUAUUGCGGAAUUGUUAUGAAGCAUUUGCUUUGUAUGCCUUUGGACGAUACUUGGUAGCAUGCCUGGGGGGAGAACGGCAGGUUGUUGGCCUGCUUGAAAAAGAAAGAAUGGAGGAGCUAAGUGAACAGUUGCUUGAGAGUCAAGAGAAGGCAAAAUAUCGUAAUCGAAGUAGACUGCGAGACUUCUUUUGCGAUCCUAAUGCACUGGGGGAGAGCUUAUACACGAUUAUAAAAUUCGGCCUUGUGCAAUAUAUGAUUUUGAAGACAUUAUGUGCUUUCUUGGCAUUCAUCUUGGAGCUUUUUGGAGCAUAUGGAGAUGGUGAAUUCAAGUGGAACUAUGGAUACCCUUACAUCGCUCUUGUCAUAAAUUUCAGCCAGACAUGGGCACUGUACUGUCUGGUGAAAUUUUACAAUGCGACACAUGAAAGGCUUCAGGCAAUAAGGCCGCUAGCAAAGUUCAUAAGUUUCAAGGCCAUUGUAUUCGCCACUUGGUGGCAGGGAAUCGGAAUCACAAUCAUCUGCCAUACGGGGCUCCUGCCGAAGGAGGGCAAGGUGCAAAAUGGGAUUCAAGACUUUCUGAUUUGUAUCGAGAUGGCUAUCGCGGCCAUUGCGCAUGCGUUUGUCUUCGGCGUGGAGCUGUACCAGCACAUCCCGGUCCAGGACAGGGAGCAUGGGGAGGUGACCCAUGAGGAGAGCAAAAUGGAGGUGAGGGUGGAUGUCGAUGACGGCAGCAAUGCGGUGCCGGCCACCGUGGAGCAGAAAGAGACGAAUGUCAAGACUCCUGGAACAAGCAUCAGGGAGAGCGUCGAGGAUGUCGUUCUGGGCGGUGGCCAUCAUGUUGUCAAGGAUGUGGCCCUGACCAUCUCACAGGCGAUGGAGCCCGUGGAGAAAGGCGUCGGGAAGAUCCAGGAGACCUUCCAUCAUGUGUCGCUGAAGCCGGGGGACAAGAAGGAACCCGACGUCGAGGUGGAGGAGCAUGUCACCGAGAAUGUGGUGGACGACGGUGAGGCUGUUGCGGUCGAUGCGGAGGUGGAAGUUGAAACAAGGGUGAAGGACAAGGGUGAUGAUGGCGAAUCUACCGAGAGGUCGGAAUCAAAAGAGUAGAAGAUGAUAACAAGAGGCGUGCAAGAGAAACUGGUUCUUGAGAACACGGUACACUUGUGCAUUUCCAGAAAGAAAACUGUAAAUAAAACUAAUGCAUCUCUACGCUUACCAUGAUAUGAAGUUUUAAACUGGAAAUCUUUUCUAUCAA